AUGACAACUGGUAGAAAGGUCUGCGUCAUUGGAUGCGGUAAUUGGGGCACCGCAGCUGCUAAACUUGUAGCAGAAAACGCUAUAAGGUACCCAGAAUUUGAUGAUCAAGUACGUAUUUGGGUAUUGGAGGAAACCUUUGAAGGACGCAAACUUAGUGAAAUCAUAAACACUGACCAUGAAAAUAAGAAGUAUUUAGCCGGAAUCAAGCUUCCUCAUAACUUACUAGCGGUACCAGACAUGAAAGAAUGCGUCCUAGAAUCUGAUGUUUUUGUUGUUGUAGUUCCACACCAAUUUGUACUCAGCACCAUCAACAAAAUGAAGGAAUUGGGCCCUUUGAAACAGGGAUCACUCGCUAUCAGCCUUGUUAAAGGUAUUGAACUCACUGGAAGCACUGUUUCAUGUUUCACCAACUCCAUUGAAGCUGUACUUGGUAUCCCAUGCCUGGCACUCUCCGGUGCCAAUGUGGCGUUCAACGUUGCUAAGGAGGAGUUCAGUGAGGCAACUAUUGGUUACAACGACAAAACACAUGCACAAUUGUUCCAAAAACUAUUCGACCGACCUUACUUCAAGAUCAACUGUGUCCGUGGUGUAGCAGCUGUACAAGUAUUCGGGGCUAUCAAGAAUGUUGUUGCUAUAUCUGCAGGAUUCUGUGACGGGUUGGGUCUCGGCUCAAACACCAAAGCUGCCAUCAUGAGGAUAGGCCUUAUGGAGAUUUGCAAAUUCUCAAGCAAGUUCUUCGAAGAUGAUUACAUCAACGUAGUAUUCGAAAGCGCCGGUGUAGCAGACCUUAUCACCACUUGCAUAGGUGGAAGGAAUGUACUCUGCGCAGCUGAGUUUGCUAGACAUAAUGGCAAAAAGUCUUGGAGCGAUAUUGCUAACGAGAUGCUUGGCGGCCAGGUACUACAGGGAACUUCCACAAGCAAAGAGGUAUACAAUGUACUUGUUGCUAACAAGCUAGAGCAAGAAUUCCCAUUGUUUGUUAUUACCUACCAAAUUGCUUACGAAGGAGUACCACCUACUGAACUCAUUCGCAAGUUCUCGGACGUGCCUGAAUUCCAAAGGCACACUAGUUACCUUACCUCUGGCGAUAACGACUCUAAUAACCAAUCUAACGGUGACCAUUGGGAGAUCCGUAAACGAAGGGUACAAGAAGCAGAGCAUUUCCGUAACCUUGGUAACGAAAGUUUUAAACGCGGAUUUCUGGAAUCAGCUAUCGACUAUUAUUCAAAAGCCAUCGACUGCUAUCCAGAUAACUUCGAAUACUAUACCAACAGGGCACUUUGCUACAAGAAACAACAAAAGUGGCAAAAUGUCGCUAAUGAUGUACGUGCUGCGCUAAACCUUGAUGAAGAUUCCGUCAAAGCACACUACUACCUUGGACAAGCACUAAUUCACCUAGGUGAACCUGAAGAAGGCCUUAAAAAACUCACGAAAGCUAAAACGCUCUCGGAGCAUUAUAGGAUCCCAUACCUUAAUGAGAUAGAAGAUGAGAUCCUGAGAGCCAAAAAAUUUGUAUGGCUAAAUCAGGAUUCAGCUUUCGUACAGGAACUAUGUAGCUUCAAAGAAUACGUAGAGGAUGCUAUUGACCGAGAUAAGAAAAACGGUCUAUUAUCGGAAGAUGAUCAUAAACACCGGUUAUCGCAAUAUUCCACUGUAUUUAACGAACUAGAUAAAGCAAGGGAACGACAUAUACCCAGCUACCUCUGCUGCAAGAUAUCAAUGUGUAUCAUGAAGGACCCCGUAGUAUCUCCAAGUGGAAUAACAUACGAACGAGAGCUGUUAGAACAGCAUUUCAAGUGUAAUGGAGAAUUCGACCCCGUUACAAGGGAACCGUGCUCGAGUAAGAGCAUAUACCCAAACUACUCCAUUAAAGAAGCAAUUGAUCUUUUUUUGAAGGAGAAUCCAUGGGCUUACGACGAAUAA